CUUUGAAUACAGUGUCGGACAUUUUAAUUUUAAUUACUUUUUGAAUCUUGACAGAAAUAUAGAGUCUAGAAUAGUCUAGAUUUAUCUUAGAUUAUUCGUGGUUUUAUCUCAAAUCAAGUGAGCAGUUGCUACUUUUCAAACUGCAACACAUAGAAUGGACAUGCCAAAGAAAGGUGAAAAGAAAUCUUAUGAAAAUGUUGAAGGGCAAGAAAAGGCUGCUGGAAUAGUUUGUAAUAUCAAUGAAAUGACCCCAGAAGAAAGAAGACAAUUGGCUUAUAAGCUCAUGGAGAAACAAGGAGACAAAGAAUUUCUAAUUAGCUUCUGUGAAUCCGAUCUGCACAACUUCUAUGAGGAUUGUGAAAAAAAUCCUCGACAUGAGAAAUUUUAUCCCGUUGAUCAGUUUUCAAUCACUUUACUGCCAAGGAAAUAUCAAACUAUGGAGCUGUACCAUGUGAUAAAGUCCCUCGGCUUCUUAACUGUAAGAGUGGAAGUACGCAGUGCAACUCCAAAGGACUGCGAGUCUUCUUUGAACAAACCUAUAACAUAUGGUACUGGUAGAAUAUAUGAUGUUAAGAAGUAUGUUGGAGAUGAUAAAGUGUGUCCUUGUGCUGAUUGUAAGGCUGGUACACCAGUAUCCGAAUGGUUGAAUAUCAAGGCUAUGACAGCUAAACAUAUUGUGCCUGAUAAUAUUGAUGCUUCACACACUUUUUUAAAACUAGUGAAUGGCAGUCAUAAAAGUGAAAAUUAUAUUCUAGAUGGUAUAAGUGCCCAAGUAUCUUCAUGUCAUGAUUGGUGUAGGCUAACGUGCAUAACGCACGAUACAAGUUUAUUUAAUAAGGUAGACGAAGAGCUGAAGGCUUAUAACAUGUAUGCUCGUAGACUUUACGAGUUCUACAGACACUCGAGGGGUAAAGAAAAGUUUGUAGUAAUAAUAUCCUGUCCUCAUGGUUGCUCAAAGCAAAUCUCUUUUGGGUAUUGGUGUCAGAGAGAACAAACUGGUGGGAUAGAUACAGCAUACACUUACACUGCCCCAACUUGCGUUGGGAGUAGUGGGGCCUCUGUUUUUAUAUUGGGCAGAGACGGAAGACAAGGGCUAUUUAAUCAGAUACACUCUGGGUGCAGGUCAAGGAAAGACAAGAAGAAUAAUUUUAUAGAUGGUGAAAAAGUUAAUUUUAGCACUUGUGUACCUGAGUAAAGAACAUUGAUUCUAAUGUUAAAAAUUGAUGUAAAUAAUGGUAGAGUAAGCUACGUAGUGAAAUUAUGAGAGAGAUGUUAGAGGAAACAUUAGGGCCAUGUUUCCUCCUUUCAAUUACAUUUUCUCAUACAGGCCCUUAGGGAGUUGCUAUUAUUGUAUAAAUGUGGUUACUUGUUAUAAUUGUGUUUUCGUCACAAACAUUUAAUUGUGUAGAUGUUUUGACAGGGUAUAAAAUUAUAAAUUCUGUUCUAUAAUUUUUAGUUUAGAAUUUUUUUUUUUGAGUGCUGCUCUUUCUAGUUAGAUCUCCUCUACAAGUUUAGUCCACUUCUUAAAGUUAGCAGUAAAUCACUUCAGGCAUUGUAUUUUUUUGUUUAUUUUUUUGUAAGGCGUUUCAUUCCCUAAGUUUGUAACCAGUCUUGUUUGUAAGCUUCUAUUGAAUUGAUAUUUUUAGUUCACUUGUUUAUUUUCAAUUGUAUAUUAAAAUGUCAUAUUUAUGCAGGGCCGGCCUUAGGCCACUGCAACCUAUGCGACCGCAGUAGGCCUAACGCCUAUUCUAGGUGUAAAUUAUUAAAUUUAACCAUUAUAACUUAUAUAUAAUAACAGGGUUUCCGUGGCCUUCUGAUUUUUCAGGGCCUGCUAAAAAAUCUCCAUACAUUGUAAAAUAGAUGAAAAGUCCUUGAAAUCUCCUGAAAACUCAUAAAAAUCUUCUUAAAAAAAAUAGAAAAAUUGUCAUUUUGGUCUGCAAUCCUAUACGCAAUAAAAAAAAAAACAGCAUUGUCAGCUUUCAUUUAAUAAAAAUUUAUUUCAAAGACAAAUGUAUUUUCUAAUACAAAGUCUUAAUUUUGACAUUAUGCUUAUCCCUACCCAGACUGGGCCUGCAUAAUCUAUUUCGCAUAGGAGUCUGCAAUGGUUAGGGCCAGCCCUGUAUUAAUGACUCCUAUAUUUAAUGUAUUUAAUGUUACAAGGUAAAAUUCAUAGUUUUGCUUUUGUUCAUGAUUUCUUUUUUUUUUUAUGUGCAUCUUAUUUUAGUGAAAUAGGAAUAUAUUGUAGAUUCAAAUAUCAGCAGGGCUCUAUAUCCAGGCUUUCAGUGCUGCUUUGUGUUACUUAUCUUAAACUUCUCCAUUUUAAUUUAGUGCACCUGUUUUCCUUGCCUUCAUUUUCAUCUAUCAUCAUCAUCUUCUGUCCCUUGACUUGCGUCCUAGGGGUGCUUUGUCGGAUUACAAAACCAGAUACCUCCACUCUUCCAUGCCAGCAACCUUAGCAAAAUAUCAAGUAAGGUCAGUCCAUUCUGACAGUGAGUCAUGUCUUAGAAUAUGACAGAACCAGCUCAGCUUUUUAUCAUUUCACAGUACUGGUAUUGAUGAGUUCUUCCCUUUUGCUCUUAUUAUAAAUGUCAAAAAAAAAAAAGAGAAAAAAAUUCUGAAUAAUAUCCUGAUCUAAAAACUAAAGACAGCUUUCUUAUUCUGUUGAAGUGGGCUCUAGGGACAGAACAUUUCUGGAAGCCUUAAUAGUCCUAAUAUUUAUGCAGUAAAUUAUCAACACUUUGUACUUAAAAGAAAUAAAAAAAAAUAAUUUUUUUUUAAAGUCUUAAACUGAAGAGGACUCUGGGGAAAGUGCACUCAACAUGACUUCAUAACAAGAAAAGAGAGAAGUUUACAAACAAUUUACAUACACCACUUCUGGCAAUGACAACCUUGAAGACUAAUCUCACUAACAGGAGAAGGGACAAAGGCGAUGAGUAACUGGCGCCUUAACCAGGAAGCUUCGGGCAGGAGGGGCUCGUUAGCAAUGGCUGACUACCCACCUAGGACAAGGAAAACUAUGAAUUAAACCUCUGUUGACUUGCAGCUAUACCCAAUCAUGGAAAAGGCUUCGGGAGUCAACCCUGAGAAAAAAUCAGAAGCUGGCGACCCUAAGGCAAUUUGCAGCACCCACUACACCCUGGCAGAACCUUCGACGCCGCUGACCCCAAAACUGUAUUUGCAGUACCGUUCCAGCUGCAUGGAGAGAAGGGAACUGAUGUGUUCCGAUCACAGCUAAUGCCCAGGCAUUUAUCUCAUUUCCAUGAGAUGAUCCAUAGUCGCUUUGCUGUGUGUGUGUAUAUAUUCAUUGGCCUCUUACAUUCAUAUGAAGGACUUUGGCUCAUCUUGAACACUUUUUCAUGUGGCUUUGGAGCCCUAUUUUGGAGAGACACUCCUGUCCACAUAUAUCACAGAUCAAGGUGGCCUUCCCUUUGAUGGCAGAGGAGCUGGCCAUUUUUCGUAUGGCACACUUUUCUUCAAGAGCUGAGGCCCUUGUUUUCUCACUGUCCAUAGCUUUCUUGGUCACCAUUUCUCUCCAUCUAGUGCGGUCUAGGGCUAUGUCUUCCCAAUGGUCAGUAUCAAUGUUUACUGUUUUUAAAUCCUGUUUUAUUACAUCCACGUAACGGAGGUGGGGCGACCAGUUUUUCUUGAGUCAGACGAGUAGAAAAUUAUUUAAAGAAUGUGAUUAUCCUCCAUACUGCAAACAUGUCCAAGCCACCACAGGUGGCGUUAUCUGAGGACUGUAAAGAUGCUGGGAAUGCUUGUUCACACAAGGAUCUCAGUAUUGCACAGUCUCUUUUGCCAUGUUAUUUUCAAGAUUUUUCAGAGGCAGUGCAAGUAGAACUUGUUUUGUAAGAUUUGUUAUAAAAGAUGUAAUCUGCUCUAGUUGCCAGACCUUCCUAUAGUAGUGUUGACAUUAUUCUAUCAAUGCACACUAUGUGCUAUAGUUGACUGCUGACUCAUUAAAACAUUUUCCAACAUAAUGCUGAUUUUGGUUGCAUAAAUAACACAUGAAUUGGACUAGAUGCCUAGAAAAAAAAAUUAAAAAGCUACUGUUAAGUCAUAGUUAAGGCUGCCUGGUCAUGAUGACAGACAUCUUGGUGGUCCUGGUUUUGAACCUUCUUUUUGCCAUCCCCUCUCAGCCUGUGGGAGGUUUGGGCUAGGAUGUAAUAAUCUUUUGAAUCUGUAGGAACAUUGAAACUAAAACAAAAAUAACAUUUAUGUCAAUUAAAAAAGAUCCCAAUAAUGUUUUCACAAUAUGAUUAUAUGUGUACCUUAUAUAUUAUUGUACUAAUAUGUUACAUAUAUAUGCUUUUGUUGUUACUCAAGAAUUUACAAAGCCAUGCUUAUUUUAAUAACCAUGAAGUCUUUUCUUUUUCUUUUUCUUAAA